AUGUCAUCUCUCGCCGAAGUCGUUGCACAAAUCAUGUUCAAAAAAUCAAACUCUGCCCCACCCAAACCACCUACCCAAACUCGACAACAGCUCCAACAGCAAAAACAAUACCCCCUCUCGACCACGAUCUGCUGCCUCAGUCUUCACGACACCGACAAGAUCCGUCUCAUCAACGCGCCCCGGUCCCAGUCUCUCAUCAGCCCACUCCGCCAGGCGAUCGUGAAUACCUGGAACCAGUCCAUCAAACACGAGACCACCCUUGAGCAAUGCGAUGGAUACGAGUUCAAGCUCAAGGGCAAACCGUGGGGACCCCAAUCUCCUAAAGCUGGUCCGCCUGUUGCCUCGACAAAUUUGGUCCUUGCUCUCUCGAAGGUUAUGGAGCAGGCAGGGUGGUCGUUGAUCAUUGCGUCGAAUGUGAGCCACAUCAGGGAAGAGAAGGACUCGUUGUUCUUUGAGCGUGUGGGGGAUCCGCUGUUGUCGUCAUCGAGGGAGAGAGAGCCGGAUGAGAUGACCCUUAUAGGUGACUUUGAGCACAGGGACAGGAAGAAUAAGGAGGGAGGUGUUGGCUCGUUCGUUGUCGAGUUGUUAGGGUACGAUACUAUCCAUGUCACUGAAGCUCCUGCCGCCAUUAUCGACCCUCUUCGCCUUGCUAUCCUCAAGCACUGGACACAAGGAAUCGAGAAGGAAGGCUCCAAGGGAAGCACACACGAGUUCACGUUGACAGGCUGCCCAUUCCGGACAUGGGGGUCAGAGACCAGCAUUGAGACAGUGAUGAUGAUGAUCCAAAUGUGGGAGAAUAUGCGCCAGUUUGGGUUCAAGUUGGACGAGUCGGUGGAUCGAAAUGCUGUCGGGAAGACAAAGCAGGACAAGAAGGUGAAGGUGGAGAAGCAAGUCGUCGAUUCUUGGGUGCUCCAACGCUUCGAGCAGAUGUAG